AUGCCAGCUUGCAAGGAGAAGCAAGCUAGAAGUUCCUUAGUGUUUAUGGCUGUGGAGGUUGAGCAAACCUGCUGUCAAGAGUAUUUUGGUGAAAUAGAUCUACUAUCUUCUUCUUUUUGUGUAUUUUCUGCUUGGGCUGGUUUUGGAGAUGUAAUCGCAUGUGUUCCUAUCACAAAACAACCAGCUUUUGAUCAUCCUUUACUCAAAGAUCACAAGAUUCAGCGUGCGAUAGCUUAUGUGAAAGAGAGUAAUUACUAUGGAGCUAAAGAACCUAUAAAUGUGUGGAAGCCAAAGAUACCGAAGCAACAUGAGUUCACCUUCUCGUAG